CUCAGAUCUAAAAAUUUUGAGUUUUAAAAAAAAUAUAUAUAUAUCCCGGGCACAGCAAACUAGAUUCAACAUCCUAGGUAAUGGUGGUUCUGAUGAAACACCCAAAGCUAAAAGACAGUGUUCUGUGGAGAUGAAAAUAUAAAAGGCCCAAUUUGGAUGCACAUGUUCAUUAACUAGAGGACUGGGUAUCUUCCCUGCUCGCCAGUGUUUGAGUGCUUCAGUAGGAGAAUAGGGCAGUGAGUCAAGUGUCCCAAGUGGAAGAGAACAAGAAAGACAUCACCAAGUGAGCUCAGUGGCAGAUGAUUAGAAUGGCUUUAACAGGGGAAGGGCAAUCUUAAAGGAGCACCAAGGUGGUCGACAGGACUAAGAGUUUGGGCUUACAAUGAAAGACAGUAAAGCUAUUUGUAAGGACACAGGAUAUUGAUCUUCUAUAACUAGAUGUUAAAAUAGGGCUGAAAGUAAUUUGUAAAAUAUGUUGCCUUUUGUGGUUAAUUGUAAGAAAUGACAAAUUCCAGGAUUCUGUUGAAAUUACUUGAGCCACAGUGAAGUCUUUAUAGAAAACAGAAAUGUGUCACAGAGGAUAGGCUAGAGAAUGUUCAGUACCAAGAAUGGGAAGGAACAAUGAAAUUUGUCUGUGACCCAGGGCAACUGCUUCCUUUCUUGUGUAUCUUUUCCCAAGUCAUAUCUAUCCUUUUCAGAUUCAAAUGCGCAACAUCUUCCUAGAAAGUAGUAACAUGUACAGGCUUGGGGCUGGUACUGCUCCCCCUCCAUUUACCUUAUUUGCCUGAAGCAGGGAGCUAGCUGCUACUCAGGUUCUUUGAGCCCAUACUUUCAGGAAUCUUCACCUUGCUGGGAUGGAUAUUUAAAGACUGGAGAGCAUCAAUGAAGACUGCAGAAGAGGGAGCAAGGAGUGGUAUCCUAUAGAAGGAAGACGUCUAGAGAAUGUAGAGGGAAACAGAGGCAAAAGCACAAGGGAUCUGCUUUUCCAGAAGUCUCUGACGUCGACUGGGCACAUGAAGGUUUUUAAGUGUUUGGUGGUAGUUGAAUAAGCCUGAGCCAAUUAAGAAGCAUAACUGAAUAAUUUACAUUGUAAUGUUUGACCCUCCCUGAGAAGAGCAUUCCUAACAGUAAUUACACAUUUAUAUAUUCAUUUAUAAAUUUAGUAUUCAAGCAUUUUAAAAGGUUUUUUUAAUUACUUUAUUAGCUAUUUGGAUGAAUGAAUGUGAUGGUUUCCUUUCAAUGUCUUUUUUUUCAUUCUAAAGAAUGAAGGCUAUCAUUUAUACAGUUUGGUGUUUUAUGCAUAGAGAAUAGAAUAGAGACACUAUAUCCUUCUACCUUCUUUCAGUCUAUCAUUUUAUUUAAAUUUAUGUUGAAAGUUUAUGUGAACAAUUGAUAGUAAUUUGGGUGCAAUCAUCAGGACAGACAAUUUUCAAGACAAAUGAUUUUCAGGUUCCACCAAAUUAUUGAUUGAUAGUAUUUAAUGUGGAACUAUGUAUGAAUUAGCAAGUACAGAGAUUGGGAAAAGUGGAAGCAGAAAGUAACAACUGAAAUAAUUUUAUAAACCAAACAUUUAAUAACAAUAUAAAGAAAAACCAUUUGCUAUUCAAAUAACUAACCCUUCAGAAUAUUUUAUAGACUACUACUCACCUGUUCUGUUGUGUGUCUUUGCUUGAAAGAUAUGACUUUAAGUCGGAGUCAUUGAUUUCUAUGUGUUCAAGAACUGGAGAAGCUAAUUUUGAAACUCAGUAUGAUAUUCCUGAGAAUAUUCCGGAAAAUGAUGCAGAUGACUUACCAAUAGCUUCUGAACAAUAUGAAAAUUUAGAAACGCAAGAAGAAGAACUAGAAUUAGAAACAAUACCGGAUUUAGAGCUGGAAAAUGAAAAUGUUUAUAAUAAGAAUGAAGGCUAUCAAAAAUUGGAAGCUUCCAGAAAAGCUACCCAUUCAUCCAGCAGAGGAAAUAAUACAGAAAAAAAGGAAAUAAACCAAGUGUGGGCUGACAAAUGUCCACACCCAGAGCUUAGGGAUUUUUCUCAUCCAAUCUCCAAACCCAAGUCUGAACCACUCUCCAAACCCAAGUCUGAACCACAGCAAUCUGAACCAGAUUUGUAUGAAGAACUAAAAGAAGAAAUACCAAAAUCUAAACUGAAAAAUGAGAGAAAUUUUGAUAAGAGUGCGGAAAUUCAAGAAUUUAGUGUGUCUGAUGCUAAUGGACAGCAAGAAACUUCCAUGGAAGCUCCGCAUUCAUCCAAUAUGAACAAUGAUGCAGAAGAAAAUGUAAUAAGGCAUCUAGAGAAAAAAACUGUCAUGGAAGACCAAAAGCAGACCUCAGGAGAAGAGCAGAAACAGCACAGUGGUAGAAAAACUAAGCGGUCAUUUGACAACCCUGCCACGAUUGCCUGACACCUUCUCUGACCAUCCAUCCACAACAGGACAGCUGAGGAGGAAAUCUGCCCUUCUCUACUAAUUGUUUCAAGAAAAAACAUGUGUUUAUUUUGUGUUUUACUAUAUUAUGUUAUAUUAUAAAUUAUACUAUUCUAUUAUCUUCAGUGUUUA